UUCUCCCUUUUGCACAGUCUGUCCAGUUUAAAGGUCAGUAGGGAUUGUUUUUACAAUCUAAAUUCGGAAUUCAGCCUUUACAGGCGUUAGAGCUCAGAAGACUCACAGAACUUCUCUUCACUCAGUGACGCUCAGAAAAUGCAGUCAGACCACGAAAUUCACAAAACACUGAAAUAAACAUAUUUCUGUUGAGUUUUGACAUGAGGGUUGAGCAGCUGUGAAAGAAGCUUCAUACUUUUGCAGAAAGAAGGAUCGAUUGUGAGUGAGAUGGCAACUGAAAAUAAGGUGAUCAAAUGUAAGGCUGCAGUGGCCUGGGAGCCAGGAAAGCCGCUCUGUGUUGAAGAAGUGGAGGUCGCUCCACCCAAAGCUCAUGAAGUGAGAAUUAAGAUGGUGGCGAGCGGUGUGUGUCACACGGACUGGGGGUUCUUGUAUGAGUACCGUAAAGGAAUGAGGCCUCGCCCCUUCCCUCUGGUGCUAGGACAUGAGGGGGCCGGGGUGGUGGAGAGCGUCGGGCCGGGGGUGUGUGGAUUCUCUCCAGGAGAUAAAGUGAUCCCCCUGUUCAUGUCUCAGUGUAAAGAGUGCGAGUUCUGCCUGAGUCCAAAAACAAACCUGUGCCCUAAAAACCGGAAGAAAACUCAGCAGGGUGUUUUGGAGGAUGGCUCAAGCAGGAUCACCUGUAGGGGGCAGCAGGUGUACCAGUUCACCAGCAUCAGCUGCUUCAGUGAGUAUACGGUGGUGUCCAAAUACAACAUCACCAAAAUCCACCCGGACGCUCCGCUGGACAAGGUUUGCCUGCUGGGCUGCGGAGUGUCCACCGGAUACGGAGCUGCUCUAAACACAGGAAAGGUUGAAACCGGCUCCUCCUGUGCUGUGUUUGGUUUGGGUGCUGUGGGUUUGGCUGCUGUUAUGGGCUGCAAGGCUGCCGGUGCCAGCAGGAUCAUCGGCGUCGACAUCAAUCCAGCUAAGAUGGAGAUCAGCAGGAAGUUUGGAGUCACUGAGUUUGUAAACCCCAAAGACCACGAUAAACCCAUUCAGGAGGUUCUGAUGGAGAUGACCGGUGGAGGCCUGGACUACUGUUUUGAGUGUGUGGGGAACGUGGCCGUUAUGAGGGUGGCGUUGGAAUCCUGUAAACCUGCGUGGGGUACCUGUGUGAUUGUGGGCUGGACAGAGCUGGGGGAAAUUACACUGACUCCCAUGGACAUCCUAGUAGGACGAACUCUGAAAGGCAGCUUCUUUGGUGGCUGGAAGGGUGUGGAUUCAGUGCCCAGGCUGGUGGAGGACUACAUGAGCGGCCGACUGAUGCUGGAUGAGUUUGUGACACACACGCUCUCACUGGAGCAGAUUAACCUGGCCUUUGACCUGAUGGUCAGUGGCAAGAGCAUCCGCUCAGUGAUAAAGAUGUGAGCUGAAGCAGUGUAUGUUGACAUACUGUAUCAAAUCCUAGUUCUGCAGCCUUGACAACAGCAUCAGUCGCCAUAACGACAAGAUCAGUCACCAUAGCAACAGCAUCAGUCUGCUGCGGUCCCAGGAAACCAUUCCUAAUUAAUAAUGUACCGCUUCAUACAAAAAAAAAGAAAAUUCUUCA